UCCCCGGCGACCCUGACCUCACUUUAACCCCAGCUAAGGACUGAAACGUGUCUGCCUUAGGCUGGGGCCCCAGACAAGCUGGGCGAGUUCCCUGCAUCCAACCAUCCCUAUUCCUGAUGCUGGGUUACCUAAGCCUAAAGCAUUUUCAGUUUCCAUCUGUGCCUUUCGGGAACCUCCUGAUUUCUGAUUGCAAGUUUGACAGGUAGGCUCAGAGCCCAGCUCACCUCCUGUUUCUCCCCAGCCGCGUCCCCUCUCAGAUCCCAUUCCUUUUUUUUAUUAGUUCCUGGCACAGAAGUCGUCUGGCCCUUGACUGUGGGGCAGAGACAUUUCUGCCCCUCUCCCCACGUUGUCCUGGCCAGGCUUUGAGCAAGCCCAGAAUGAGUCCAGCACUUUCCUGCAGAACAGCAUGGGGGCCACCUGCCCUGCCUGCCAUGUUCACGCUCAGACACCCCUGCAAUAACACCUUCCUGCUCCAACUCACUCCCAUCCUCUUUUGGGGGGCCUCCAAGUGUGAGUUAGUGUUCUGUCACACAUUGGCCCAGAUGACGCGUCCUGGGGGCACUGCAGGUUCUCCUAGCAUCACAGAGGCCCUCUCACCUCCUUUCUUGGUCUCUUUAAUACCCCUUCUCUCUAUGCCUCUCCCCAUCACCCACGGGGGGCUGCCAUUCCCACCAGGACUCCUUCAGGUCUCAGCUUUUACCCUAGGUGGGAUUAUCAAACAUGGGUCUCUCCUUAAGACAAUUCUUAAGCCAGUCUCUUUCUCCACUCCUGAUCUGCCUCUCUAAAUCUUGCUUCUCACAGUGUGGUCCCUGGACCAGCAGCAUUGACAUCACCUGGGAGCUGGUGAGGAAUGCAGACUCUUAAGCCCUGCCAGGACCUGCUGAAUCAGAACCUGCAAUUUACCAAGACCUGUACAGACAUUAUAUCCUUCAAUGGCUGCUUGGCCUGGGGGAGCGAGGUCCUUGGAAUGUGCCAUGUGGUGGAAAGAACACCGGACUUGGGGUCUGGAGACCUGAACUCAGUAGGCAAGUUACUGACUUAUUCUCAGCUGCAGUUACUUCAUGGAUAAGCCUGAGGUGCUGAUGGCCAAGUUAACCUACCCAGGAAGUGGCUGAAAGGAGAUGAUCUUUGGAGAUAGCUACAUUCAGUGAUCACACUGUCUCGCUGAAGUAUGUGACCCAGGAGUUGAUGGAGAAGCUUUGGAGGAGGCCAUUCCAGUGCUCAGUAAUACCAGAUACUAGCAGAUGGUAGGAAGCCUGACUUCCUUGCAGUAGGAGCGGUCAUGGAUUUGGUUCUGGCCUGUGAGUCCUAAGAAAUCUUCUGUGAAUGUUUUUACAUUUCUGAUAAGAAGAAGUGGUUGUGCCUGGGACUGUUAUUUCUUCUUUUCCAUCUCUGAAUGCAGAAGUGAUGUCCAGAGCAACAGCAGUCAUAUUGUGACUAUGAAGCACCAAGGAUGAGGACAUCGGGCCACACACUAAGGCUGGCAGAGCAGAAGGGAAGACAACCUGGAUCCCUGGGGCAUCACCAAGCAGCUAAACCAGUCUCAGUAACUCCUUACCUUCAGAGUUUCGACUAGAUUAAAUAUGGCGACUGAAAACAAAGCAAGAGACAAAGUGCUUGCGCAUCCCAUGACCUCCCCACCGGCAAGAAAGAGGAGAAACAAGAGUGAGCAAGCAAUGCUGGUUGGCGCAGAGAGAGAAAUACCAGGAACUCAGUACAGGCCGGAAGUCGGGGUACGGGGCCGCGCCAGCUUCAGGCGUCACUUCCCACGCGACUUCCUGCGGGAAACAUGGCGGCAGUGAGCGGAGUCCGCUGGCUGACCCGAGCGCUGGUCUCCGCCGGGAACCCUGGGGCAUGGAGAGGUCUGAGUACCUCGGCCGCGGCGCACGCUGCAUCGCGGAGCCAGGCCGAGGACGUGAGGGUGGAGGGCUCCUUUCCCGUGACCAUGCUUCCGGGAGACGGUGUGGGGCCUGAGCUGAUGCACGCCGUCAAGGAGGUGUUCAAGGCUGCCGCUGUCCCAGUGGAGUUCCAGGAGCACCACCUGAGUGAGGUGCAGAAUAUGGCAUCUGAGGAGAAGCUGGAGCAGGUGCUGAGUUCCAUGAAGGAGAACAAAGUGGCCAUCAUUGGAAAGAUUCAUACCCCGAUGGAGUAUAAGGGGGAGCUAGCCUCCUAUGAUAUGCGGCUGAGGCGUAAGUUGGACUUAUUUGCCAACGUAGUCCAUGUGAAGUCACUUCCUGGGUAUAUGACUCGGCACAACAAUCUAGACCUGGUGAUCAUUCGAGAGCAGACAGAAGGGGAGUACAGCUCUCUGGAACAUGAGAGUGCAAGGGGUGUGAUUGAGUGUUUGAAGAUUGUCACACGAGCCAAGUCUCAGCGGAUUGCAAAGUUCGCCUUUGACUAUGCCACCAAGAAGGGGCGGAGCAAGGUCAUUGCUGUCCACAAGGCCAACAUCAUGAAACUUGGGGAUGGGUUGUUCCUGCAGUGCUGUGAGGAAGUUGCUGAACUGUACCCCAAAAUCAAAUUUGAGACAAUGAUCAUAGACAACUGCUGCAUGCAGCUGGUGCAGAAUCCUUACCAGUUUGAUGUGCUUGUGAUGCCCAAUCUCUAUGGGAAUAUUAUUGACAAUCUGGCUGCUGGCCUGGUUGGGGGAGCUGGUGUGGUCCCUGGUGAGAGCUAUAGUGCAGAAUACGCAGUCUUUGAGACGGGUGCCCGGCACCCAUUUGCCCAGGCAGUGGGCAGGAAUAUAGCCAAUCCCACGGCCAUGCUGCUAUCGGCUUCCAACAUGCUGCGGCAUCUUAAUCUUGAGUAUCACUCCAGCAUGAUUGCAGAUGCGGUGAAGAAGGUGAUCAAAGUUGGCAAGGUGCGGACUCGAGACAUGGGCGGCUACAGCACCACAACCGACUUCAUCAAGUCUGUCAUCGGUCACCUGCACCCCCAUGGGAGCUAGAGCCCUUUAUUUCUUCCAACCUUGGAAGGACCACACUCCCCAUACCCUUCAGUGCAGUGCACCAGGGAAGAGACCUUGUGCCUCUAGGCAGUAGACCAUGGUCACCUUGCUGGGUAGAGCCUAGGUUGUCCUUGGGCCGGCUUCCUUAGGGUACAGACUGUUGGGUGGUGAUGGGGAUUGUUAGGAUGGAGCCCAGGCUACAUGGAUGAUGAUGAUUCUCCCCACAGGUUCGAACCUCUGACAUGGGUGGCUAUGCUACUUGCCAUGACUUCACUGAGGCUGUCAUUGCUGCCUUGCCCCACCCAUAGGCCCUGUCCAUAUCCAUGUAAGGUGUUCAAUAAAGAACAUGAACCAA